AUGCCUGUUGACAAUGUUUCUGACGAAUUAAGUCCUGUCCGCCGAGGCCUGCUUGCAAACCUUGCUCUGACGGCCGAAUACAAAGACGCCCGGCGUUAUCCAAGGAGGACCAAAAACGUGAUAGUGGUAGUGAUCGCGCUGGCCACAGUAGUGGGCCCGAUGGGCACUUCCAUCGUGUAUCCUGCCAUCGACCCACUCAUCCAAGACUACCACACUACCCGCCUAAUGGUCAACGUGUCCGUCGGGGUUUACCUGGUCAGUCUAGGCAUUUUCCCUCUGUGGUGGUCAACGCUCUCAGAGCUGCAAGGCCGCAGAACCGUGUAUGUGGGCUCUUUCAUGCUGCUCGUGUUGUUCAGCAUUGGCACAGCGCUGGCUCCCAACAUCUCGUGUUUCAUCGUGUUGCGUAUGCUUUGCGGUGCUGCAUCUGCCAGUGUCCAAAGCGUGGGGGCGGGUACCAUAGCGGAUCUCUACCCACCAGCGGAGAGAGGCGAGAGUCUGGGCUAUUACUACCUCGGGGCGCUGAUGUCGCCACUCCUUUCGCCGAUCAUUGGGUCGUUAUUAGUGUCGCGGUGGAAUUGGAGGUCCACGCAGUGGUUUCUGCUGAUCCUGGCUGGCGUGGAUCUUGUGCUCCUCAUUGUAUUGCUGCCGGAAACACUACGGAACAAGUGCCAGGAUGAUAGCCUUGUUGUGGGAACUCCGUCGGAUGCAGCGUCGUGUGGAUCCAAACUGGAACAGCAGGCUAAGGGCAGCGAGAUCAACGACGAUGCGGAGGCAAUCAUAGAGUGGGAGCAAAGAGACGACGCAGCUUCAGCAUCAAUCUCACGGCCGCACUUUGCAAGUUUUUUUGGCUAUCUUGUGGGGCCGUUUAAGUCUCUGCAGCUGCUGAAGUACCCACAGUUGUCGUUUGCAAUACUAUUCUCUUCUGUGGCGUUCGGCGUGUUGUACUUUGUCAACAUGGCGCUGCAGUAUGGGUACUCGAGGCCACCGUACAAUUUCAAGCCCUUGUACAUCGGCUUGUUAUACAUUCCGAACUCCGUAACAUAUUUUAUAGCGUCUGUCGUGGGCGGCCGAUGGCUUGAUCAUUUGCUGAAACAGCACUGGAAAAACUACCACGAGUUCGCACCGGAGGCUCGCAUAUCCUGGAAUGUUCUGCUGGCGGUAGCACUUUUCCCGGCCUCGCUUCUUAUCUUUGGGUGGUGUUUGCAGACUAAACAGCAUUGGGUGUUACCGCUAAUCGGCACUGCUUUGUUUGGCUUUUCUUCUAUGAUAAUUAUGGCAGCAACAGUGUCCUACAUAUUGGACUCGCUUCCCGGUAGAGGUGCUACUGGUGUGGCGCUCAACAACUUGGUACGUCAGCUUAUAGCUGCGGUUGCAGUGUUCGUGAGUGACCCGCUGAUGAGUAGUAUAGGACUUGGAUGGACUUUCACUAUGCUAUCAGGAGUAAUCAUUGUGAGCAGUGGAAGCUUGGCGAUACUGAAGUGGAAGAGCCCGCAGUGGAGGAUAAAGUAUGAUUUGAGCAAGAUCUAG